AUGGAGCCUAGUCCUGUAGCUGUGGAGGUUGCUGGCCAUGCGCCCAACUUCUCCCUCAAGGAAAAGACGGCGCUUAUGGAGGCAUUCGAAGAUGUACUAUGCGGAUCGUUUGCUGGCGCUGUGGGCAAAUACAUCGAGUAUCCGUUCGAUACGGUCAAAGUGCGGUUACAAAGUCAGCCCGAUCAUCUCCCCUUGAGAUAUUCUGGUCCAUUGGAUUGCUUCCGGCAGUCUAUCAAAAGUGAUGGAGUUUUAGGGCUGUAUCGUGGCAUCACAGCUCCUUUAGUGGGUGCUGCAGCAGAAACAAGCAGUCUAUUUCUAUUUGAGAGUCUUGGCCGUGAAUUACUGUUCACGAGUAGCCUAGUCCCCCGAGAACAAGGACUUUCACUGCCGUAUCUCUGGCUAACAGGUGCAUUUUCUGGAGCUUUCACUUCGUUUGUCCUCACUCCAAUUGAGCUUGUCAAGUGUAGGAUUCAGGUUCCCAUGUCGGCUGAUGGAACUACCGGUCCUCCCCUCCGCCCUAUACCUGUCAUCAAGCAGGUUUUUCGCCAUGAAGGCCUUCGAGGCUUUUGGCAUGGUCAGCUUGGUACACUGAUUCGAGAGGCUGGUGGUGGUUCUGCUUGGUUUGGUGCCAAGGAGACUGUAACAAGCAUGUUCUACCAGCUCAAGACGAAGACCGCGAAAUCAGCAACAGAAAAGCAGAUAAUUCUUGAUACACCCUUGCCGUUCUGGCAGCAAGCAAUUGCUGGCGCAUCGGCGGGUGUGUCAUACAACUUCCUCUUCUUUCCUGCAGAUACUAUCAAAUCACGCAUGCAAACCUCGACUGUCAGUGAUCUACGCCAACGACGUACAUUCUGGAAAGAAGGAGCGAUGCUUUGGAAACAACACGGGAUACGAGGCAUGUACCGUGGCUGUGGUAUUACAUGCCUCCGAUCUGCACCAAGCUCUGCUUUCAUAUUCAUGGUUUAUGAUGGGAUGAAGCGACACUUUCCUUUUUGA